UUACGUAUAGCCUCUCUUCAAAUGAGAAACAACUUUUUUUCGGUAUGAUUUUGUAUGCAAAAAUUUUUUCUCUGCCAAGAUUUGUACUUCGUAAAAUAAAUAUCAACCGAAAUUGCCGAAUAAGUUGUUCAAGUCAAAUAAAGAAAGACAUAGCAGACUCUGAUAAAAAAGAAUGGCGUGUAAUUUACCGUCUACCAAUGGUUCGCUGGAUAGCCUCAUUCCAUAAAUUAAAAUUUUAUCAGGCUGGUUUAACGGGAAUAGCAGCCCCAAUAAGCUUUGCUUUAGAAACCUCAUCACAAUUACCUCCUCAAACUACUAUUAUUGUGUUAUCAUUAGGAUUUACAGGACUAAUAACUCUAUCCAUUGCAAGCUUUUUGUGCCAGAACGUAAUUGGAUUCAUUUACCUUAAUUCUGAUAACCAAUAUUUGCGAUUUUCUUAUGUAGAUUUUUGGGGAAAAAGAAACGAUUCAACCCAUAAUUAUGAAGAAGUUUCAAAUAUAAAUAAUGCAAUCUUAAAUUUAUAUCAGAUUGUCCAAAUGAACAAUUCUAAAUCAUCGACAUUUAAAUUAAUGCAUAGAUUUGGUGAAAUAACAGAUCCAGCCAGUUUUUCUUCUAUUUUUGGCGAUUAAAACUAUUUUAUUUAAUUACAUUACUUUUAUGCUUUGUUAUUAGAUUAUAUGAAAAAUAUAUAAAAUUAUAUUUAA